CCUUCUAUAUAAUAACCGCACUAUUCGAACCACCCAAGUUUCAACUUCUCAGUCUCUCUCUCUCUCUAAGCUUCUCGCUCAUCGGCAAUGGUGUCUCUCCCUUCUGAGUUCUGAUCUCUCCUUUCCAUUCUCUCACUUCUCGCUCAUAUGGCUAUCUCCGACCGAAGCCUUGUAACAAGAGAGCUCAGGACGACAAUAAUUGCCGCAGCGAGAACAGCCUUCCUCCUCGUCGGAAUAGCCUCCACCGCAAUCAUUCUCGCUUCAACCGCCGUGCCCUAUUCCGCCGAUCUCUUAUCUUCCUCCCUACCUCGAAUCAGAACCCUCGCCUUUGCCUGGCUCUCCCCCUCGUACCUCUUCAUCACUGUUCAUUUCAUAAUCAUCGUCAUCUGGAAGCUUCACCCACACAACUAUCACCCUCAAGAGCAAAAUGAAGAAGAAAUCCAAUAUAUAUCGAAGGAACUGGAUAUCCCCGACGCCGUCCAUCCGACGGCUGCAUCCAUUUUGGAUUCCCCUGAUUCACUGCCGGAUCCACCGGAUCCAGACCCGGAUCCGCCGGGUUCCGUCCCAGAUCCACCCAAUUCCGGCGAAACGGACCUCGAUGAGUCGCACGACAGCAUGGAUGCGACCUGGAAGGCUAUCGUCACAAAGAGCGCCGCGGAAGUUGAAGCUGCGGCGCGGCCUCGGAUGAGGAAGAGCGAUACCUGGGAGAGGUGCGGCCGCGAUCGCGAGGGAUCGCCGGCGGCGACUCUGGAGCCGAAGUUUCGGAAGUCGGAGACAUUUCGGCGGAUUUCAGUGGGAAGGGAGGAACUGUUCGGGCGAGCGGAGGCGUUCAUCAGGACGCAUUACGAGCAGCGGCGGAUUCAGCGACAGGAAUCCGAGCAGCGAUACAUCGAGAUGGUGAACGCCGCCUGCUGAAAAAAGGCAAUUGGAACAAAGAUGAAAGGAUCGCCUUAAUCUGAUCGAUCAAAUCCGUGCAAGUUUUGUGAGAUAGUGUAAAUAGUUGAGGUGUUUGAUGUUUGAUUAGUUAAGGAGUGAUGAUUUGUGUGAGAUUGAUGGAGAUCUGCGGGUUGUCGUCUUCUUGGUCUGUGCUGGUCACAGGUAUGCCUCCCAGUUCUGAGGGAAGAUCUUCUGUGAUUUAUGGGCCAUUCUGUUAACUGGAAGUGACGCAUGAUUUGUUCUUGGAACAGAUCGGGGUUUGUUUGAAACCCAUAAAAUAAAAUAAAAUAAAAUAAUUCAGUUCAUAUUAUCUUAAA